CAGCAUUGGGGGCAGUUUCUUGGAUCCCACCGAGCCAAGUCCGUUCAACAAGCCAACCUCGGCGCAGAAGAAGAAGGUUGCGCCGUCUUUCAUCUACAGCAAUGUCGCUCCUGGCCGCGAAUUGGAUUUAAUCAAGACUAUUGUUAUGGAGCGCAUUACUGGCAAGCGCCCUUCGCCUCUGGUCGGCUUGGACGAGGAAUACAAAUCAGUACACCAAGUCAUUGAGCACACAAUUACUGCUGGCGAAGGCAAUUCAAUGCUGGUGAUUGGCGCUCGGGGCAGUGGAAAGACGGCGCUUGUAAACAAGGUGCUAUCUGAAGUUGCCAAAGACAAUGGCGGACAAUACCAUGUCGUUCGACUCAAUGGCUUUAUACAUACCGACGACAAGAUUGCGCUCCGAGAGAUCUGGCGCCAGCUCGGCAAGGAAAUGGAAAUCGAAGAAGACGGCAGUGGCCCUGGAAAAAACUACGCCGAUACCCUCGCCACACUGCUUGCUCUGCUCUCGCACCCGUCCGAACAGACGGGCGAAGUGACAGACCAAGUCGCAAAAGCAGUCAUCUUCAUCAUGGACGAAUUCGACCUAUUUGCCCACCAUCCCCGACAAACGCUGCUGUACAAUCUCUUUGACAUUGCUCAGUCGCGGAAAGCCCCGAUUGCAGUGCUGGGCCUGACGACACGCAUCGACGUAACCAACAGUCUCGAGAAGCGCGUCAAGAGCCGUUUCAGCCAUCGAUACGUCCAUGUUAAACUCGCAACCACAUUCACCGCGUUCCAGAAUAUAUGCAAGGCUUGUCUGACACUGGAGCCCGAGCACCUCAGCGUUGAAGAACGAGGCAUCCUCGAAGGCGGAGCUAAAACAACAACAACAACAACUACUACUACUACUACUCCAGCAAGCAAAAGCCAAACCAGCGUCCUCACCGAAUGGAACACCACAAUCUCCGUACGUAACCUCUCCCCUCCCAUCCACCCAUCCACAACCCCCACAGCUAACCCCCCCCCCUCACUAGAACCUCUUCGCAACCCCCGCCUUCCUAACCCACACCCUAGCCCCCACCUUUCUCCGUCCGCCUCGCCAUCCUCCUUGUGUCCAUUGGCCUGCUCCUCUGUAUCUGAUGCCUCUUCAUUGUGA